AGCUAAACCUUAUUCAAGUAUCAAAAAUAAUACCUGGACAACGUACGGCUAUCUUCCUGCGAUAUCCAAGACCUGAUAAAGAGUAUCAGUCGUUCUCCCUCAUAUAUGGCCAGAGAUCAUUGGAUCUGAUCUGCAAAGAUAAGGAUGAGGCAGAAGCCUGGUUUGUUGGUUUAAAGGCACUUAUUUCCGGAAGAAGCUGUAAGUGGCCAAGAGAAACAAAAAAUGAUAAAGCUUCUUAUAGGCCAAUUAACCAUUCGCGUGGAGAUUCACCAUUUGCAUCUCGUGUUAUAAUACUGAUGUUGAAAGUAAGGAGAGCAGUAGAGUUAGUAGUACAGGUUCAGUUAGUACUUCCAACUCCAUUUUAUCCGGAAGUGCAGAUACCUCAAAUGGGGGAUUACCUGGAGUUGCUAAUAAUGUCACAGUUAGCCAUUCAAGUGCAGUAAGUUCAUGCAGCUAUGGAUCAAGUGAUGAUUUUGAUUCAUUGGGUGAUGUUCUCAUUUGGGGCAAAGGAGUAGGUGAUGGCACACUUGCUCAUUCUUCGGAUUUAUCUGGAAAAUCAUACUCUUGUAGCAUUGAUGCAUCUAUACCGAAGGCACUGGAAUCGACAAUUCUGCUGGAUAUUCACGGUAUAGCUUGUGGGAGUAAGCAUUCAGUUCUGGUUACUAAACAAGGAGAAAUGUACAGUUGGGGUGAAGAGUCAGGUGGUAGGCUCGGACAUGGAGUUGAUACUGAUGUUAUCCACCCUAAGGUUAUUAGUACCUUGAGUGCCAUUAGUAUUGAAUCAGUUGCAUGCGGGGAAUUUCAUACUUGUGCUGUUUCUUUUUGUGGGGAUCUGUACACAUGGGGUGAUGGGAUGCACAAUUUUGGUCUUCUUGGUCAUGGGAAUGAUACCGCUCAUUGGAUUCCAAAGAAGGUAUGUGGCCUAUUGGAAGGACUGCACAUCUCAUCAGUAUCAUGUGGACCUUGGCAUACAGCUGUUGUGAGUUCAGCAGGCCAAUUGUUCACUUUUGGUGAUGGGGUAUUUGGUGCAUUGGGCCAUGGAGAUCGCCGAAGCACAACUGUUGCAAGGGAAGUGGACUCUCUAAGAGGCAUGCAUACCAUACGUGCAGCUUGUGGUGCUUGGCAUACAGUUGCCAUAGUUGAGGUUGUAGAUUCUCCCAGUUUCGGUACAUCUUCUAAACUAUUCACAUGGGGAGAUGGGAAUAAAGGUCAACUUGGACAUGCUGACAGAGAAACAAGGCUCAUCCCAACCAAUGUGGGAUCACUUUCCAAUCCCAGAUUUUGCCAGGUAGCUUGUGGGUAUGACAUUACCGUUGCUUUAUCAACUUCUGGGGAAGUUUACACAAUGGGCAGUAAUGCUUUUGGACAACUUGGAAAUCCAAUAACCAAUGGGAAACUCCACACUCUUGUUGAAGGGAGCAUCUCCAGUAGUUCUGUUGAAGAAAUAGCCUGUGGUUCUCAUCAUGUUGCUGUUCUAACUUCUAAAGCUGAAGUUUAUACUUGGGGCAAGGGUGCAAAUGGUCGUUUAGGGCAUGGCAAUAAUUUUGAUAGGAAUACCCCAACUCUUGUUGAAGCUUUGAAAGAUAAGCAAGUCAAGAGUGUGGUAUGUGGUAUAGAUUUCACUGUUGUUGUAUGUCUCCACAAGUGCACAUCUGGUUUAGAUCAGUCAAUAUGCUCGGGCUGUCAUUUACAAUUUGGUUUUAGAAGAAUGAGACAUAAGAUAUAACUGUGGCUUUAGUAUAUUGCAAAUAAUGCAGUAAUAGAAAAUCAAUGAAAGCUUCUUUGGCUCCAAAUUCGCAAAAUCCAUAUCUGGUAUGUGAUGAGUGCUACGCCAAACUUAAUACUGCAUGGGAGAGUAAAAAUCUGCAGAGCUCAAAGAAUCUCAAUGGAAAUCCACAUCAAUUGUCCAGUGAAGCAACUGAGAGAGAAAACACAGUAAAGAAUUUGCGAGUGCGACUAUCUAGGCUUUUGACUGUGGAAUCAUUCAAGCCUGAAGGUAAACACUCACGGAGUAACAGUCGGUUUCCUCUUCAUCAUUCUGGAAACUUAAGCCUGAGUGGUAUAAACUUUGUUGGCAAUUCCAAGGAAUUGAUUUCUUCUUUCAAUCCUACCUCAAUGACGUCGCCUUUGUCCUCUGGACCAAAUUCACCACAUCUUACAAAUAGAUUAGCUACAUCUGGCUUAACAUCGCCAAACUCUGCCUGUACAUACGAGUCAAAUAAGAAUCUGCCAGUAACCGAUGUUUCUUAUUUCCAGAA